AAAUAGUAAAUAUCUUCAUAUUCCACACUUAAUCCUCACUUAUGUGUGUUCUUUUCACUCACUCACUUUUCACACAACCAUUCCCGGUAGACAAUAAUGAGUUUAAUUAUUUGUACAAUUUUAAUCCUGAAUUUGAACAAAUAUGUUGACUCGGCUGCGUUCGUUUUGCCUCCUCAGGAAAAACCUCCAGGCUAUGACUGCGCUGAAGGAUGUUACGUGCCAGACAUUGACGGUGUGAUACCUUACUAUGGAACGUAUUCUCCAGCAAAUGGGUCCUCUUGUAUUGAAUACAAUUGCAACCCAGAUGGGUAUACUUCAAUAUACACGUGCGGAAAAAUAGCUGAUGCAGGUGAAUGCACAAUCAUACCCGGAAAUUUAUACCUAGAAUACCCGGACUGCUGUGAUAACGUAGAAUGUGGUGAAUACGUCACUAUCAUUGAAUACGAAGAACCAUGUAGCGACGAAUAUUUGUCGUGUGAAGAAGAUUGUGUUUGUGAUGAGAGCGCGUCUUGUGAAGAGCCGAAUUGCGAUGAAUGUGAAGCAACGUGUGAUGAUGGAUCUAGGGAAGAGUCGAAUUGCGAUGAAGGUGAUGCAACGUGUGAUACAAGAUCUGGCGAAGAGCCGAUUUGCGAAGAGCCGAGUUGCGAACAGCCAAAUUGCGAAGAGCCGAAUUGUGAAGAGCCGAGUUGCGAAGAGCCGAGUUGCGAAGAGCCGAGUUGCGAAGAGCCGAAUUGCGAAGAGUCGAAUUCUGAAGAGCCGAAUUGCGAAGAGCCGAUUUGCGAAGAGCCGAAUUGUGAAGAGCCGAGUUGCGAAGAGCCGAGUUGCCAAGAGCCGAGUUGCCAAGAGCCGAGUUGCCAAGAGCCGAGUUGCGAAGAGGCGAUUUGCGAAGAGCCGAGUUGCGAAGAGCCGAGUUGCGAAGAGCCGAGUUGCGAAGAGCCGAGUUGCGAAGAGCCGAGUUGCGAAGAGCCGAGUUGCGAAGAGCCGAGUUGCGAAGAGCCGAGUUGCGAAGAGCCGAGUUGCGAAGAGCCGAGUUGCGAAGAGCCGAGUUGCGAAGAGCCGAGUUGCGAAGAGCCGAGUUGCGAAGAGCCGAAUUGUGAAGAGCCAAGCGGCGAACAGCCGAGUUGCGAAGAGCCGAAUUGCGAAGAGCCGAAUUGCGAAGAGCCGAGUGGCGAACAGCCGAGUUGCGAAGAGCUGAUUGGCGAAGAGCCGAUUUGCGAAGAGCCAAGCGGCGAACAGCCGAAUUGCGAAGAGCCGAGUUGCGAAGAGCCGAGUUGCGAAGAGCCGAGUUGCGAAGAGCCGAGUUGCGAAGAGCCGAGUUGCGAAGAGCCGAGUUGCGAAGAGCCGAGUUGCGAAGAGCCGAGUUGCGAAGAGCCGAGUUGCGAAGAGCCUAGUGAUGAACAGACGAGUUGCGAAGAGCCGAAUUGUGAAGAGCCAAGCGGCGAACAGCCGAGUUGCGAAGAGCCGAAUUGCGAAGAGCCGAGUGGCGAACAGCCGAGUUGCGAAGAGCUGAUUGGCGAAGAGCCGAUUUGCGAAGAGCCAAGCGGCGAACAGCCGAAUUGCGAAGAGCCGAAUUGCGAAGAGCUGAAUUGUGAAGAGCCUAGUGGCGAACAGCCGAGUUGCGAAGAGCCGAUUUGCGAAGAGCCUAUUGGCGAAAUGCCGAUUUGCGAAGAGCCAAGUGGCGAACAGCCGAGUUGCGAAGAGCCGAGUUGCGAAGAGCCGAGUUGCGAAGAGCCGAGUUGCGAAGAGCCGAGUUGCGAAGAGCCGAUUUGCGAAGAGCCGAUUUGCGAAGAGCCGAGUUGCGAAGAGCCGAAUUGUGAAGAGCCUAGUGGUGAACAGCCGAGUUGCGAAGAGCCGAGUUGCGAAGAGCCGAGUUGCGAAGAGCCAAAUUGUGAAGAGCCAAGCGGCGAACAGCCGAGUUGCGAAGAGCCGAAUUGCGAAGAGCCGAAUUGCGAAAAGCCGAGUUGCGAAGAGCCGAGUUGCGAAGAACCGAGUUGCGAAGAGCCGAGUUGUGAAGAGCCGAAUUGUGAAGAGCCAAGCGGCGAACAGCCGAGUUGCGAAGAGCCGAAUUGCGAAGAGCCGAGUGGCGAACAGCCGAGUUGCGAAGAGCUGAUUGGCGAAGAGCCGAUUUGCGAAGAGCCAAGCGGCGAACAGCCGAAUUGCGAAGAGCCGAAUUGCGAAGAGCUGAAUUGUGAAGAGCCUAGUGGCGAACAGCCGAGUUGCGAAGAGCCGAUUUGCGAAGAGCCUAUUGGCGAAAUGCCGAUUUGCGAAGAGUUAAGUGGCGAACAGCCGAGUUGCGAAGAGCCGAGUUGCGAAGAGCCGAGUUGCGAAGAGCCGAGUUGCGAAGAGCCGAGUUGCGAAGAGCCGAGUUGCGAAGAGCCGAGUUGCGAAGAGCCGAGUUGCGAAGAGCCGAUUUGCGAAGAGCCGAUUUGCGAACAGCCGAGUUGCGAAGAGCCGAAUUGUGAAGAGCCUAGUGGUGAACAGCCGAGUUGCGAAGAGCCGAGUUGCGAAGAGCCGAGUUGCGAAGAGCCGAAUUGUGAAGAGCCAAGCGGCGAACAGCCGAGUUGCGAAGAGCCGAAUUGCGAAGAGCCGAAUUGUGAAGAGCCAAGCGGCGAACAGCCGAGUUGCGAAGAGCCGAAUUGCGAAGAGCCGAGUGGCGAACAGCCGAGUUGCGAAGAGCCGAAUUGUGAAGAGCCUAGUGGUGAACAGCCGAGUGGCGAAGAACCGAUUUGCGAAGAGUCGAGUUACGCAGAGCCGAACUGCUAUGAAGGUGAUGCCACGUGUGAUACUGGAUCUAGCGAAGAGCCAGUUAACAAUUAAAGCGAUACUUGUUUAGUGAUAAAUUGAUCGUGUAAUAAUAGAUGUAUCUGAGAGUCGAAUAGCGAUGUAGUUUAUGUAUCUAAUGUAACUAGCGGGUUAAAAGGCAACAUUGAAGCAAUUCGCCUAAAAACAUGAUGUUUUACAUUCGCUGACAUUGCGCACUACAUUUUAUUGUGCAAAUAUAACAAAAUUUAGAUGAGCUGCUCUAAUGUGGUCCUUUACACCCCCUGAUUUGUAAUGACACCUAUCACGUUGAUCGUUAGAUCAACGCAAGCUCGGUGAGGUGUGGGUACUUACUUCAUCUUCCGAUGGAUGUACCUCUAACUAUCCCAUUGGGAAAAAGUCGUGAGCUUAUAAUAUAAUGUUUGUAUUAAGUAUGUUAUGUUUUGUUUUGUAAUUCUUUUAAGUAUCCUAUCAAUAGCCAUUCUGGUAUGGAAACAGGGGUUUAAAAAGGCCAUAUCGAAGUAAUUCAUCUAAUAAACGGCACGGUUUUUUGUUGGCACGUUCAAUUCAUUUAUUACUAAUUAUAAGCGUAAUAUGGGUACUGGUUUCUGCCAGCAUUCAUUAGGCAUUCGUACCAUACUCUUAGCAACAAUAUGCUGAGUCAGUCGCAUUUCCCUGGGCAGUGUUAGCUACUAGUCACAAAUUGUUAAACUUAAUUUAUGUAAAUGCUUUUGUAACCUUCACUGUUUUGGGAAUAAAGUUAUUCUAUUCUAUUCUAAAUAAUCAAUAUAGCUAUUUGACAUUACUUUUAUAUGCGCUUGCUUUAAUGUGGGCCUUUCAACCCCACCCAGAAUGUCACUUUUAUAAAAUUUAUUGUCGUUUUCAAAUAAAGUUACUAAAAUUCUAAGUGAUCUUAAGUAAAUAUACUUUCUUAUUAAUUAUACAAGAAUAUAACAUA